CUGAAAAUUCCAUUGGAAUAGCUUCUUUUCCUCGAUCAAUUUGACACCAACAGAGCGUUGUAAAUAAUCACGAUCAUAUUUUGUUAACUUUAGCAUAGUACUCGAGUGGAGAAGAGUAUUGUCUAAAUCAAGAACAAGAUGGAGCUUCUUCCGCGCCAAUAAACUCUUUAAAUUUUUAUCACGAACACUCUUAAUCAAAUCAGCAUAAUGAAUUGAAGAAGAAGAAAUAACAUUAGGCUUUAAGUUUUGGACUGCCAUUAUCUGCCUUGUAAAAGAGGAGCGUACAAUUUUUUAUUUUUUUUUUUGAUGGAAGAUAAUAACGAAUAAGUUUUACAUUACAAAAAUUUGGUUAAUAUGUAGUAAUUAUUUAUAACAAGGAAUUAUUAAAUCCUUGAGAAACAAGGAAUAUAUCCUUGAGCAACAACGACACCAUACUACGAAUACGAGUAGUAAUCCUAUCAUUAAAGUUCAUCUUCAAAUUAUUGGAAUUUUUUUCUCAAAUGGGCCCAGGCCCAGGCCCAAAAAUUAAAACCAAAUAUCUUUGUUUGUGAAAUUACUUUUUCUUUUUCUUUUUCUUUUUUUUUUUUUUUUUGGUAGAAAGUGAAAUAUUACUUUUUGUGACUGUAUAAAAAUAAUAAUAAUAAAAAAAGUAUCCAUUUUGCUUUAAAAUGUGAAAUCAAGAGGAAUAAUGAAUAGGUGGUUUCUUUUUUUCCUUUAAGGUUGGUUAAAAAGCAUUUUAUGUGGACUUUUCUUAUAUAGUUGACUAACUAUAGUAAUAAAUAUUCAUGAUGUAUGAACAAAUAAAAGAACUAUAAAUAUAAGACACGAAAAGUUGCACUAUAUCCCUAUAAAUAAUCAACCCAUACACCUUAAAUUCUCCAACCCCCUUACAUAAAACCACCACCAAAAAAAUGAAGCUAUCCCUUCAUCUCUUCUUUUGUGCUAUUUUAGCAACAACUCUUGUGAAAUCCCAUGCCCAAGACGACCAAAAAGAGUUCCUAGACGUGCACAACGCGGCCCGUGCUGAAGUCGGGGUGCCACCCUUAAAAUGGAACCAAACACUAGCAUCAUACGCCCAAGAUUUCGCCAACAAAGUCAAGCAUACAUGCGAUAACACGAUGUCAUCAAAUGGACCUUACGGCGAGAACACGGCUUCCGGAUACGUGUUUACGACUACUGAUGCGGUCAAUCAAUGGGUUGGGGAGGAAACAAAUUAUGAUCAUAACAUGAAUGUUUGUUUGAAUGGAAAAGAAUGUAAGCAUUAUAAACAAGUGGUUUGGAAGGAUAGCUUACAUCUUGGGUGUGCUAGUAUUACUUGUGGUGCUGGUUGGCCUUUUGUUGUUUGUGAAUAUUAUCCUCCUGGUAAUGUUAAUGGUGUUAAGCCUUAUUAAUUUUGUAGUAAUUAAAUUUUAUUAAUUAUUAAUGUAUUUUUAAUUAAUUACGUACACGUACUAGAUAUAUAUGUAAUGUUGGACUGUUGCUCACCUCAAUAUAAUUUCAUUAAUAUGGUAUGGAUUUCCAUCCAAUUUGAUGAAUUAAUGAGAUGAGAAUAAUAAAAUUGACUUUCAAAUUUCAUAUAAUUUUGAAU